AUGUUCGAGCAAUCCAUUUUCAACGCUUCCCCAUUGAGCCUUCAAAUCCCGCUCUUCCCCACGCUGGACCUGCAGUCGCAGUCCACGUCGCCGGUGCAGUCGGUGAGCCCGAGCAUGUCCGGCUCGUCGCCCUGCACCCUGCCUGCCCUGUUCGGUGCCUCCAACGAACUCGGCCUCAUGUAUCAAACCUUGUGCGCGAAGGAGAUGACCAACAACAUGGACAUGCUUCUGAAGAUCCUCAUGCAUGUGCAAACGCAACAAAUGCAAAGCUCCAUGGACCAGAACAAGCCCAUCCGCAAGCAUGCGUCGGCCAACGGUCGCCGUAGCCGUACGACCUUCACCACCGAGCAAAUCAACGAAUUGGAGCAGGUCUUCCAAGAGACCCAAUACCCGGACGUUGUGGCCCGCGAGCAUUUGGCCGCCAAAACCAACCUGACCGAGGGCCGCAUCCAGGUCUGGUUCCAGAACCGACGAGCCAAGGCCCGAAAGGCGCAGCGAUGUGUGUCAUCAGCCAGCCAUGAAUACGUGUCCGCCUGUAGUUCGGCCUCUCCCUCGCCUACGCAAAAGUUGGCCUUCCGAGUUGAGGACAUGGUCGUCAGCUCAAGGCCGCAAUAA